AUGAAAUUCAUUUAUACGGGAUAUGAUACCACCGCAGCACUAGCCUCUUACUGCCUUUACCUGCUGGGAAAUCAUCGAGACGUUCAAGUUGCGUUACACAACGAGAUCGACGGUAUGUUUGGAGAUGACGUACACCGGCCUGUAACAACUGACGAUUUGAGGAGUAUGAGAUAUCUGAGCUGCAUCAUAAAGGAAACAUUGCGACUUUAUCCUUCUGUUCCUAUCAUGGGGCGUUACAUAGAAGAGGACAUGAAAAUUGGAACCCAACUGAUACCGAAGGGGACAAUGGCCAUGGUUCUCAUCUAUUUCUUGCACCGACACCCCCGUUUCCACAAGAAUCCGAGCUGUUUCACACCCGAGAGGUUUCUAAGUGACGCCACACGUCCGUCACAAUACGCCUACAUGCCUUUCUUCGGUGGACCAAGGAACUGUAUAGGUCAGCGUUUUGCCGUGCAAGAAGCAAAGGUUGUGGUCGCUCAGCUUAUGCGCCAUUUCGAGGUUCACUCGAAACUUCGCGAAGAGGAGUUACAACUGGAACUUGGCAUAGUUCUCAGGCCAUCACAGGGACUUGAAAUAAAGCUCACCCCAAGAAAACCUGAAAAUCCGCAAGGACACGCUCAGUGA